CCCCGGAGCCGUUCAACGCGCCCCCGCCACCGCGUCCUCCUUGCUCGCUCGCCCGCACGCCCGCCAUGGCCUCCGUAAAGCAGCUCGAGGGGAGGUGGCGCCUGGUGGAAAGCCAAGGCUUUGAAGAGUACAUGAAGGAGCUGGGAGUGGGCCUCGCUCUGCGGAAAAUGGGUGCGAUGGCCAAACCAGACUGCAUCAUAACCUGUGAUGGCAAUAACCUCUCCAUCAAAACUGAGAGCACUUUGAAAACAACACAGCUGAACUGCACCCUGGGAGAGAAAUUUGAAGAAACCACAGCUGAUGGCAGAAAGACUCAGACGGUCUGCACCUUCACCGAUGGCGCUUUGGUCCAGCACCAGGAGUGGGACGGGAAGGAGAGCACGAUCACCAGAAAGCUGAAGGACGGGAAGCUAGUGGUGGAUUGUGUCAUGAACAAUGUCACCUGUACCCGAGUCUAUGAAAAAGUUGAAUAAGGAUUCAGUCAUCACCCUGGACAGGAAUUAGCUCUGAGAAUGAAUAAGCUCAGUUCAAUGAGCAGAGAGCAGACCUCCACGCUGCUGCUUUUCUUCCGUUUUGUUUUUCAUUACUGUGUUCAGUUAUCUUUAUCACAAGCAUUUUACACGCAACCAUUUCAAAGUGUUGGUUGAAGUAGGAUCAUCCUUUGGUUAGUAAAUAAAUGUGUUUGUGCUAA